AUGGCAGAGCAAGCAAAGCAUGAGUCGGCGAUCCGACGGUUCAGUGGUGAUGGCAGCGAGCCUCAAAAGGAUUACAAGCUUUGGAAGCGCUGGUCUCGAGCAUUUCUGGCAGUGCAGCGUGCAAAGGGCACUGAUGAUUCGGUGUUUGGUGCAAUGUUGUUUACAAUGCUGGACGGGACGGCCCUUCGAGCUUUUGAUGCUAUCAAUAUGGACGAGUUGGAGCAGACAGGCGGACAGGACCUGAUUUACCAGGUGCUGGAUGACAGAUUCCCGGAGGAGGCGACCCAUGAUCGACUUGGAGAGGUGUUGGACAGAGUGUUUGACCUAAAGGUUGACAAGGGUGAAUCCACUUCUGGAUAUACUGGGAAGGCAAGAGCAGCAUUUUCAGCAGCAGAAGCAGAAGGUGUGAAACUCCCAUCGGUGGCCAGAGGUUACCUACUGCUGAGGAAUGCCAAACUGCCCCAGGACAAGAAGUCCGUCGUCAUGGCGGCAUCGAGACAGUCCUACGAGGAGCAAGACAUCGCAGCAGCUCUGAGGACGACCUAUCCAGAAGGACUGUACGCCGGCCGACACAGUAGCCAUGUUGCUGCAGUUGACCACCAGAAGGACGAAGAUGCAGGUGACAUUGGAGAAGUCCUACUGGCGGAGGAAGAUGAGGACCUUUUGGGUGAAGAUCCAAUUGAAGAACAAGAUGCAGUGGAUGUGCUGCUCUCAUGGAAGCAGACGAGGCAGAACAUCAACAAAGAAAAGCUAUCACGCGGGCUCAGUUCAGGAGGUUUGAAGAAACUGGAAGCCCGAGUCCGCUGCUACAAGUGCCAAAAGGUGGGUCACUUUUCAAGAAACUGCCCAAACAGGAAGGGCAAAUCGACUGGCAAAGGUGACAAUUCCAGCGGUUCGUCGAAGGUGAGCCUCGUGUUUAUGACAAGUGCCAUGGACGAGGAGGACGAGAACAAGCUGAUCGACGAUGUCAUGAGCAGUUGGUCGGACCGCCCAAAGGACUAUUGGACAGUGACCGACAAGGAAGUGAUCCGACACCAUGUCAAUCCACGGUCGUCAAUGUUCAGUCCGGCCAGGACUGGAUGCCCCGUGCCGGUUGAUCAGUUGAGCACGGCGAGAACGACGAUCCUCAUUGACAAAGACGGACGGGCUGAUGAACAGUUCACUCCGAACUGGAAGAACAGCCUGGAAGCCCAUCGCAAGACAGACAAGGUGUGGACUGGACGGACAGUUUUCUACCACCUCGAGGGUCACGGAGAAGAAGAUGUUGAUCCCAGGGUGAACGAUGAGAAGCUGUUCGAACACAACGAUCCACAAGAUGCCUUGGACAGAGAGACUUUUGGCCAAGAGUAUGCAUGCCAGGUGCAAGGGUUGCAAUAUGAGGAAGAUGAUGACAUGCGGUGGUUCAAUGAUGCCGCACUGUUCCAUUUCGCUGAUCCGGAGGAUGCACUGGACAGAGAGAUUUUUGGAGCAGAAUAUGCCUUCCAAGUUGAAGGAGUUGAGCAUCAAGUGGACGAGAUCACAGCAGCCUUUUUUGCAGAGAUGCAUGAGCAAGAACAAUCCUGGCCUCACGAGGACGAAGUGGACCAGGCUUUCCGUGAGCCUGGCACUAGUGAUGAUGAAGGAGAAGAUGAAUCUCAGCCACAAGAGAGCAUGUGCGCCCUGGUGCAUGAACCAGGCUACGGCAUCCUCGAUACAGGAUGCGGCAGAGGGCUGGUCGGUGCAAACACCUUGGAACGGCACAUCAAGAUGCUUUCGAAACAUGGCAUGAACAUCAAGGAACUCCCAGACAAGAUGCACACCUUCCGAUACGGGAACGGCUCGGCAGACAAGACAAGCCGGAGGAUUGAACUUCCGGUGUUCGUUGCUGGCAAAGAGCUGCGGGUGCGAUUGCAUGUUGUUCCUGGAGAUGUGCCCCUUUUGAUAUCCAAACGGCUGUUGAAGAGCGUUGGGGCGAUGAUAGACCUCAACGACAACAAGCUGAUCAUGACUAAGGCCGGAGUUGCAGCAGCAAUCCAUGAGAUGAAGGACAACUCAUAUCAGAUCAAUCUGUUGGACAUCGCUGGAGGAAGCAAAGUGGUGUCGCCAGAAGUUGAUGUGCUGGGCGUGACAUCAUUUCAAGAAGAGUCCAGCCAUGAUGAGGCCGACGACGAUGUCGGCGUAUGCUGUGUGUUCAAGGCCAAAGAGCGAAAGGAAGUUCUCGGAAACGUCACUCGUGUCCUGGCUCAAAAUGCUCGAGACGCCCCGUCAUUGAUGGAGGUCUUUUCACCUGGCCGAUUUCAGGAAUGGGCAGAUCAGUGUGGCAUCACUGGCCGAGGUGAAGCGCACGAACAGAUGGGUGACGUCGAAAGCCAGGGAUGGCAUUUUGAGGAAGCUUUCAGAAAAGUGGUUGAUCAAAUGGCACGCCAAGACUACUCACAGUGGCAAGAAUGUGUAGACGUCACGGUCGAGGCUAAGCAUUUUGAUUUUUCGCUCGCAAAUCGUGAGUCCAAGUUGAGAGAGUUUCAGCUGCAGGCCAUUGUUGAUUGCAAGAGCAUUUACGAUCACCUCCAGAACUUUGCAUCCCCUGGAAGUGUCAGCGACAAAAGAGUCGCGAUUGACCUUGUGAUCGUGCGAGAAACGCUUGCGCGUGUUGGGGGCAAGAUUCGAUGGGCGCCGACAUGGCUUCAACUUGCAGACGCAUUAACUAAGGAGUCGCCUGAAGCAAUGGACCUUCUUAGAGCAGCCAUGAUAACCCAUAAAUACCACCUAAGUAACGAGAGCACCAUGAUGGAAGCAGCCGCCGCUCAGAGACAGGUUCGUUUGCAGAGACAGAGUGUGACCGGAGGUGACGCUCAAGUGACCGAACAGGAGACGGCAGUCCAAUUCGUUCGACCCUCCGUAGGAGCCAUGGUGAAAGUUGCUGUUGAGAAGAUUUCCGAUGAGGAGAUCCGUGCACUUUUCGAGUGCAUGGUUAGUUCCUGCGUGGUUGAUGGAGAUGAGUAUGCCAAGAACAUGGUCCAGUCCAAAGCAAUGUGCAAGGCCAGGAUCCCGGCACGACAUGUGAAUGACAAGCUGUUUGGAGGUGAAGACAACGUGCUGACAUUCACGUUCACGAAGACCACCAAGAUGUGCCAGGUUCAUGGUAGUGCAACAAUGUUGGACAAGGCCGAAGAGACCCUGCAGAAGGUGCUGCAGACCUAUGCCCAGAAGUGGGGUGGUGCCAUCCGUGAGAGCAUCGCCACCGGCUCAAUCUCCCAUUUCUUGGAGAGCAUUCGUGAGAGUGAGGUCAAGACGGAACAACAGGUCAAGACUGAAUUGGUCAAGAAGCAAACCCUGGUUCCGGAGUCAGAAGAGUUUUCGGCAGCAGUAGCGGACUUGUGCAGUGAGGGUGCCAGACGCCUUCAUCAUUUUCCAGCCUGGCGAAACAAGUUUUUGCAGUUCAUGUUGCAGGAGUUUAAUGCCUCCACGGAUCAAGUGUUGGAGCUCUCGGAACUCGCAGAGCGCAUGACCGAGAGUGAAUCGAUGGAGCAAUGGACUUUUGAAGAUCCGAUUGGAGAAGCCAAGCCGAAGGCCCGAGCUGAUGGGUACCGCCCGGUGAAGAGUGCUCUGACCAAAAGAGAAUUUUAA